AUGAACCUAAGCUUCUUUGAUCAAUUCUCAAGCCCAUACCUCCUAGGAAUUCCACUAAUCCUCCCAUCUCUACUUCUCCCGGCCCUCCUACUUCCUUCACCAGGACGUCGAUGGGUCAAUAACCGUUUUUCUACAAUCCAACUCUGAUUAAUUCACCUAAUUACAAAACAACUAAUAACCCCACUAAAUAAAGCUGGUCACAAAUGAGCUCUCCUAUUAACCUCCCUCAUCUUACUACUCCUCUCCAUUAACCUGCUUGGUCUUCUUCCAUACACCUUUACCCCCACCACCCAACUAUCAAUGAAUAUAGCCCUAGCCCUCCCAUUAUGACUCGCAACCUUACUAAUCGGUUUACGAAACCAACCUUCUGCUUCCCUAGGCCACCUUCUCCCUGAAGGGACACCUACUCCACUAAUCCCAGCCCUAAUCCUAAUUGAAACAACCAGCCUCCUCAUUCGCCCACUGGCCCUAGGAGUACGUUUAACAGCAAACCUUACAGCCGGACAUCUACUUAUCCAACUCAUCUCCACCGCUACAAUUGCUCUAUUACCAUUAAUACCAUCAAUCUCCAUUUUAACCGCACUAAUCCUGUUUUUACUAACUAUCCUAGAGGUAGCAGUAGCAAUAAUCCAAGCCUACGUAUUCGUUCUUCUCCUGAGCCUCUACUUACAAGAAAACAUUUAA